AAAGGAGAGGUAACUGGAGUACUUUUAGGUUUGGAGAACUACUUGAAGAAUCACAAACAAGGCAGAGAAGCUGUUAUACUGAAUACCUCAUCUAUUGCUGGACUAUUUGGUCAACCACUAGUUCCGGUUUAUGCUGCAACUAAAUUUGGCGUGGUCGGACUCACGAAAUGUUGGGGAACCCCUUUCCACUACGAAAGAAGUAGUGUCAGAGUUGUAGCAGUAUGUCCUGGAAUAACGGACACUACCAUUUUUCAAGACAAAAAUUCUUUAAUUUUACCGGAGUAUGAGCAAGGAUGGCCAGUUCCUGUCGACCAAAUAGGAUCCACCCAAGGCCAAAAAUUAGAUCAUCUUUCGAAAGAAAUAGUGAGAAUCAUCAAACUGGCCGGAAACGGUUCGAUAUAUGUGGUUGAGAAUGGUGAACCUGCCUAUGAAUUUAUAUUACCAGGAAGAGAAGCAUUCAAAGGAAAUUUAUUGAAGGAUGGGAACUGAUCUAUAAAGAGAUGUAUUGGAAGAACUGCUCUGACCUGACUUUGUGAAUUAAUUUUAUUUCUAAAUAUCCUUAUGAUUCAUAAGCAAUUGCCUAGUUUGGGUACCGGCGCACUUAUAUAGGUUAGGUUAGGUUAGGUUCAGCAACUGCUUUAUUUCAACUUUUAAAUAUUCUCAAUACAAUAUUAUUUCAAUAUUAGUACUAGGUUAGGUUAUGGGUCAGAUUAGGUUGGGUUAUAUUUCAAUUGUGCUGUUGAACAUUCUCAUUUUCAUGCUUGGGGGCCUAAACUAGCCAAUUCCCUUUAUAUAAUGAACGAUAACUAACAUAACAGUUGAGAAAAUAAUUGGUGUUAUAAAGAUCCAAUCUUUUAUAUGAACGUACUUUCCUUUCGAACAUGGAAAUUCGACUAAUUCCAACUUUUCAACAUUGGAAGAGAGCCUAUAAACGAAGAGACUUUCCAAGGUCUCAACUGUUCCACGGAGAAAGAUCAAAACGAAAAUAGUUCUUCAGUGUGAUUCCCAGAACAAUCACCAGUUAACAAGGAUAUGAAACUCAGUAUGAGAGACAAAUUUUGUAAUGAAAUUCGAUAAUAAAUUGAUGGAUGUAGCCUUUACUACGUGGAAUUUGAUAAUCUUACCAAACAAGUAACUACCAAUGAAAUCUGGAAAAAAUUGAAUGAUCAAUGGCAAAAAUAAAUUUUUUAUGCUUA